UCACCUGAUCCUUGGGGGUGGGAUCACAUGCCCGGUCCGGUUCCGGUUCGGCUGUAGUUCCCCCUUUAAACUCCCCAACUCCCGGAGCCGCCUCAGCCAUGAUGUCGGCUUUCCCCGAGCUCUACUUCAAUGUGGACAAUGGCUACCUGGAGGGCUUGGUCCGGGGUCUCAAGGCCGGGGUGCUGAGCCAGUCGGAUUACGUCAACCUGGUGCAGUGCGAGACGCUCGAGGAUCUGAAACUACACCUCCAGAGCACAGACUAUGGGAACUUCCUGGCAAAUGAGGCAUCCCCACUCACUGUGUCAGUCAUUGACGACAAACUCAAGGAGAAGAUGGUGGUAGAGUUCCGCCACAUGAGGAAUCAUGCCUAUGAACCACUGGCCAGCUUCCUGGACUUCAUCACCUAUAGCUACAUGAUCGACAAUGUCAUCCUGCUGAUAACAGGGACCUUGCACCAGCGUUCCAUUGCUGAGCUUGUGCCCAAGUGCCACCCUCUAGGCAGCUUUGAGCAGAUGGAGGCCGUGAACAUUGCCCAGACACCCGCAGAGUUAUACAGCGCUAUCUUAGUGGACACUCCUCUUGCUGCAUUCUUCCAAGACUGCAUCUCUGAGCAGGACCUCGACGAGAUGAAUAUCGAGAUCAUCCGCAACACUCUGUACAAGGCCUACCUAGAGUCUUUCUACAAGUUCUGUGCUUUGCUGGGGGGCACCACUGCAGAUGCCAUGUGUCCCAUCCUGGAGUUUGAAGCUGACCGCAGAGCCUUCAUCAUCACCAUCAACUCCUUUGGCACUGAGCUCUCCAAGGAGGACCGAGCCAAGCUGUUCCCACACUGUGGGAAGCUCUACCCUGAAGGCCUGGCCCAGCUGGCCCGGGCUGAUGACUACGAGCAGGUCAAGACUGUAGCUGACUACUACCCGGAAUACAAACUGCUCUUUGAAGGGGCUGGCAGCAAUCCUGGAGAUAAGACCUUAGAGGACCGAUUCUUUGAGCAUGAGGUGAAGCUGAACAAGCUGGCCUUCCUCAACCAGUUCCACUUUGGCGUCUUCUACGCCUUCGUGAAGCUCAAGGAGCAGGAGUGCCGGAACAUCGUCUGGAUCGCCGAGUGCAUCGCCCAGCGCCACCGGGCCAAGAUCGACAACUACAUCCCCAUCUUCUAGCUCCCUCUUCUGAUCCGUUUACUAGUCUUUGGCCAUUCCGUGAGGCCCCCUGGGGAAGCACAGUGGGGCUCUGUGUGUAUGGGCCCUUGUGGGCCCUUGGUACUGGGAGGGUGUAUCUGUCACUGUCCUGGCUUGUUCCAUAUGCACCUAAUGCUGAUGAAGCAGGGCUCCCCCUUCUUUCCCUCCCCCCACCCUUGCCCCCGACUUUGGCCUCGGGAACUAUGUCAGGGCUGGAAUGGUGGGACCUAGGAGCCUGGUCAUCAAAGCUGAGCCCCCACUUCCCACAAGUAGCCUCGGUAACUUCUGUGUUGUUAAAAACCCCUGUCCUGAGAGAGAUGAUACAGAGGUACCCCGUGCUGAUGUUUACAGCUGUUAAAGGCGUCUGAGAAGCAUGUGGUCACUUUGAUACCCUCUUCUUCCCCCUCCUUCAGGAAAGCCAUCUCGACUGCCCCACAGGUUAGAUGGCUCUGCCAGCCCCUUUCCCCAUCCCCCAUGGAAAAGUGGUAGUAGGUGUCAGAGGCAGGGGAGUACUCUGCAUCGCCAUCCCCCUCCCCAACAUACACGAACCUGUGCAUAUAGACACCCGUACCCAGGCCUCCCCACCAGCACAAGCCAGGGCACUGGCUCUGGACACUAAGGAGCCUUUCCCUCUCCCUCAGCCAGGAGGCUUUGAUACAGAGGUCGGGGGCUGUUCGGGCCUUCCUCUACCCACUGGGGUAUCUCUCUUCUCCAAUUCACCCUGAGUUUUUGUGUUUCUCCUAACAAUAAAGCUGCCCGUUCUGUGA